GUAUGAUUGUUAAUGUUGUAAAUUGCAGCCGAUAUUUGGAUGUAUCCAGCAAAUGGUGGUCCCUACUCAGCCUACUGUAUGUCACAGUCACUGUAUGAUCUCAUUGAUAAAUAUUUUAUGCCUGGUUUUAAAAUGUUUAAAGCGGUUACAAACCUUUGGUAUUGACUUAUUUUAGUAGAGACUCGGUGCAUUUUGAAUUAAUUUGGUAUAAACACAACCUUUUGUAUGAUGUCAUUUUCAGGGAAGGUACAAACGAUUCGUAACAAGUAGAGGAUCUGUCAGUUUAGUGAAUUACUCGCUCAGGUCCAGUCACACCAUUAAGCGAACAAAGGGUGACCAUACACUUAAAACUCCACAUGCAGUAGGGACAGAUGCGGAUCGCAACAGGUCAACAUUGGCCCAAACAAAUAUCGGAAUGAAAAAUAAACAGAUCUCCCUGUUACAAAGGAUUUGGAAGUAUGGCACAUCCCUGUGCAAUGGCAAAUAUUCUACAGCUGCUACAGCAACGUUCACAACAAAGGAUUUUGACCUUCACAGACUGGACAUGGGUCCAGCCACAGAGGUGACUACCAACAGGGAAGAAUGCAUAAAGUUUUACAGAGAGAUGCAAACCAUCAGGAGGAUGGAGACAACAGCUGGCAAUAUGUACAAAGCCAAGCAAGUCCGCGGCUUUUGUCACCUCUACUCCGGACAGGAAGCAUGCUGUGUUGGUAUGGAAUCGGCCCUUACACCUGAUGAUGCAGUAAUCACGGCCUACAGGGCUCAUGGUUGGACCUACAUUCGUGGUGUCUCUAUACUCGGUGUUCUAGCAGAGCUCACAGGCAAAAAAUCAGGCUGUUCCUUUGGAAAAGGAGGCUCGAUGCACAUGUAUGGUAAAAACUUCUAUGGAGGAAAUGGAAUUGUUGGUGCUCAGGUACCGCUGGGUGCUGGUAUCGCCUUUGCCAUGAAGUACCGUAAACAGAAGAACAUAUGUGUAACACUGUAUGGGGAUGGAGCAGCCAACCAAGGACAGCUGUUUGAGACAUACAACAUGGCAAAGCUGUGGAACCUGCCUUGUGUGUUUGUGUGUGAGAACAACGGAUAUGGGAUGGGUACCAGUGCUGAACGGGCCUCUGCCAAUAUUGAUUACUACACCCGGGGCGACUAUGUACCGGGUAUAAAGUGUGAUGGUAUGGAUGUACUGGCAGUACGGGAGGCCAUGAGAUUCUGUAAAGACUAUGUAUUGAAGAAUGGCCCCAUCCUUCUGGAAGUAGCCACUUACAGAUACAGUGGUCACAGUAUGAGUGACCCAGGUACAAGCUACCGUAGUCGUGAGGAAGUGAAGGAAAUACGUGAGAAGAAAGAUCCCAUCACUACAUUCAAGGAAAAGUUACUAUCAUCUAAUCUAGCUACUGCUGAAGAACUCAAGAAAAUAGAUACAGAGGUGCGCAAGGAAGUGGAAGAAGCAGCAGAAUUAGCAAAAAGUGACACAGAAAUUUCGGGAGAUUAUCUAUACAAUCAGAUUUACUACCAGCCUCCAGCAGACUUCACAGUUCGCGGUUGUGAUCCAAUGACAACUGCCCCGUCCAAGUAAUGAACGGACACUCUAGCAUAUUAUCAUAUCAUAACACGAGGAUUUUAUAAACUAGAGCUUGUUGAAAUCAGAAGUUUUAUACAGGUUUGCUGUAAGAUCAGAUAGACGGGUGUAGUACACUACCCACACUGCUGUGUAACUUUCUGACUUGUGGGACAUUUGUUCUCAAUGUUAUGGUGAAGUGAAGAGGCAAUAAAUGUAAACUAAGGGAGAUAACUCUGCUUAAACUGUAAGGGUGGGGAAUAAAUUUUACUACUGUUAAAGAUGAAUGAAUUAUUGUAUGGGAGUGUAUUAAUCUCCAGUUUACUGUACAUAUUGGAUGUUGUGUAGGAGGAUCUGAUCUACGGCAUUUAGUGCUUGUUUUUGUUGCUGGUAUGUAUAUUUAUUUGUUAUUUAAUAGAUACUUAUGUUUUAACCCUAUAAACGUCUUUGUUAAUGUCCAACACAGAACAAUUUAAAAACAUCUAGUACUGUAUUCUUAAACAUUCUGUACUAAGUUUUCUGCUUUUGCCAUCAUAAUUUCCAAAGUGCUGUGGCCAGGUUUCAGAUUUUCUUAUAUAUCUUCCGUUUAAUUUGUAUAGAGGGGUUAUCACCAUGGUUUCAAUAUCAAAAUAAAUGCAGGUUCAACUAAGAGGUAAUAAACGAAAAAAUCCUGUUCUCAUGGCAGAUCCAGUGACAGAUCUUUGAGGAUCCAAAUGAGAUUAAAAAAUUGUGAACCCCGAGUUUCCCUUCUCUCCACUUUGAAUAUGCAAUUGUAGUUUGUGAUUUGUGAUACCAUAUUGACUCCUGAUAAGGCCAUUCUGACUAUGUACAGAUUUACAGUAGUGUUCACUUGAUACAAGAUUCUUGUAUGUGGGCUUACAUUUGUGAUAAUUCUCAGUACUGGGACCUUUGUCUGGACGACCAGUCCCUAUUCUUUAAAAGUGUAUUUAGACAACCAGUAAAGUAUUUCUGCAAUCAUAUUCCUUAUGAAAUCAUAACCUCUAGCUUUGAUAUAGAUUUCAUAAAAAGGAAAGCUAUCAGAAUAUGGCUUGGGAGAGCUAGUCGUUCAGAGUAACAUUUUUGGUCCCAGUUACUAUUUCACAACCAUAUGUAGCCUCUAUUGAGGGCCUACAGUCAAAUAUGGUACCAAAACUGAUAGGGUACAUGUACAUCAUCACAGGUAAAAUGUAAUAUGUGUGUGAAGCCGUGUACCAGGAGUCUGUAACUAAUGUACGUUUGUACAUGACUUUCAUGUUUUAAUUUACUUACUUUCAAUAUGCAUUAAAUAAAAAUAACAGAAUAUUUACAGAAAA